AAUAUCGUUGGUGACAUCGAUAGGCAGGCAGCACUUGCGUGUUCAUGAGUUGAAAAAGUUGCUGCGAAAUAUGAUUGAGAUAAACAAAACUGCAAUUGGAAUUGCAGCGGGGCUGGCUGGCACAUUGUUUAUAGGAUAUUGCAUUUAUUUUGAUAGUAAACGUCGGAAUGAGCCAGACUACAAGAAAAAGGUUCGCGAGCGACGCCGGCGCAACCGUAAAACUGGAUCAGCCAAGCAAGGAAUGCCGAACUUAAAUGACCACGAAGCUAUCGAAAGAUAUUUCCUUCAAGAAAUUCAGCUAGGCGAAACCUUGAUAGCUCGCGGCGAUUUCGAAAGUGGUGUGGAGCAUUUAGCAAAUGCAAUUGUCGUUUGCGGACAACCAGCACGUCUGCUGCAAGUGCUACAAUCGUCGUUACCGGCUCAGGUGUUCGCCAUGUUAAUUAUAAAAAUGCAAGAAUUCGGCAAUCGGGCUACAGAAUCAAGCGAUGGAUUGGCUGGUCAGGGAUCACGUCCGGGCCAAGUUGAUAGCACGCCAAACAUUUUGGAAAGCUCGGCAGCUAUCGAUGACCUAGAAUAAAUUUUUAAAAAAGAGCCUGGCAUAUAUAUUUGAACAAAAAGUAGUUAAGGGCUUAAUCCUAUAAUUUAAUAAAGUUCGAUGCAUAAGUAUUGCAUAAAUACUAUUUUCGAAUCUUAACCAA